GGGGCCGGGACCUGAGUCCGGCUGGCUCACUUCAGAACCCACUGCACCUCUGCGGCACCAUCCUGGGAGAAACACCCCCGACUCUGGAGCCCACUGGACCCAGGACUGAUGUCCACCACUGCCUGGCUGCAUAGCCUCGGGCAAGUCACCGUCUUCCCUGCGAUGCGGCACCCUCCCCCGCCAGGACAAAGAGAAGGAAGCUUUCCUCUCAGAUGGCUUGAGGACACUUGUUGAGUGUCUGUUCUGGGCCCAGGAUCAGAGGCUGAGAUGGAACUGACCAUCACGGUCACACACGCGAGCAAGCCCUGUAGCCGAGAUGGAACCCAGGUUUGGAGACCACAGGUUCCGUUCGUGAUUCCCUGCAGUCUCCCUCCCAGGCUGUGGUGAGGCCAGAGGAGGUGCAGUUACACACGGAGGAAACACUUACUAAGCAGGAGAUGCUGCCAGUCCUCCUGAGGUGUCGUCAUCAUCAGUCAGUGACAUGAACACAGCUGCCAUCACCCCGGCCUUCCACACGUGUCAGCGCACCCUUCCAACAACUUCAGGACAUGGCCACCACGACGUCCGUUUUGCAGACGAGGAACUGACAAUGGAGCACCAAGGGGGCCGGAUCACGGCUGCUGACCCACCCCGGUCAGGUCGCCUCUCCGGGCCUCAGUCUCUGGACGCCUGCGAUGGCUGUUCCUCCCGCCCAGCCCAGCACCAGGGCUGUUCAAAUGAAGCCAGUGUAAGAUGCUGGAUGGGGAAGAGCUUUGCGGAUGGAAAACUUGGCCCAUUGGGAAGAUUUAUUGCCGUGACUAGACCUUUGGAAAUCAAGGAUUCCGGCAGAUCUCUCCUGCCGAGUGCCCUCUGCCAAGUGUCCCAGCCUGUGCAGAGCCCCAAGGGGCAACAGGGGCCAAAGGAGAGGAAGAGUGUCCCCGUGCUCUGUAGCCUGCUGACCCCUGGCCUGCUAGAGUGGCCUCCUGCUGCUCCUGGGCCCUGCAUGCUGACCGAGGUGCGCCCCCCACUCCUGCCCACAAGAGGCUGUGCCUGCCCCCUCUCCCCUCUGCCCGGACCCCACCCCUUCCCUCAAACCUGACAUCGCCUCAUGGGCACCAAGGCUCCCUCCGGGCCCUCUUCCCAUCCUGCCUCCGGUGUGUGAGGGAGCCUGUCUGUGUCCCCUUGACAGUGUGUGCUCUGUAAGCCAUGGCUGCAAGUCUCUCUGAGGGGUCCAUGAGCCCCGGGGGAAAGGCACACCUGCUUCGCGGCUGGGGCUCUGAGCCCAACACUGCCCUGGCUCCUGAAAUACUCGUCUGAUACCCAAACCCAUGGACGUCACUCGCCGGCCUGAGCAUGGUCACCCCAGGCAGUCGGGAGUGUGUGUGACCUCAGGCUCAGCCAGGCUGAGCUAUAUUUAGACACCGGGGCCAGGGCGAGCUUCUGGGCCAGAGAAGGCGGCGGAGCCCACGGUGGGGCCCCAGGGGGACCUCCUCAUCUAGGGGGACGGUCCCGUGUAAGAGGCCGUAGCCCAGACCAGGCGCUGUUGGCUCCCACUGCCCCCAAAAAAGGCCAAGGAAAGAUUCUGUUUGA